UGAGUCUGAAAAUGAAGGCGACGCGUUUAUUAUAAAUUCGUCGUCCUGUAUUUAGUAUUUCUUUUUAAUAAAACUGGAUAACUCAUCAUUGUUCUUUUAUAGACCGUUAACACCGUAUUUUCAGGGUUUGAAGAAGCAAUAAUGUACGACGUGAAGAAUUAUUGGAAAAAGAUAGCAAACAACGAAACAUGCAGUGAAGAAGAUUGCAUUUACAUUUCACACUUUGGACUCAUUUUUAAGUCGAUAUGUGAAAUUAGAAUUUUUUUAUUUGUUAUGACUGGAAUCCAAGACGAAAUAGAAUCGUUUAUACAACAAUUAUCAACAUUGCCAAAAACACUUGCUAGUGAAAAAGAACUGGUGGAAAUUCAUGCAGAAAUGGAUCAGCAAAGUAAAUUAUUUUUUAGAAAGGAACUUAAUGAGAUAAGUAGAAUUAAUGGUGUAAGAAAUGAUGAAGGGAUUGAUGUUGCUGCUGUAAGCAGUGAUGAAGGCCAGAUAAACAGUACAGAUCAAAUGUCUUAUGAAAAUCAUCUUCCAGUUUCAAACGAUAAUGAAGAUGAGAUGUUUUACGGUAGUGCGGAUCAUCCUCAAUCAAGAGAUGUCGUUGACCCAGAGACCUCCGUCGAACUCGUUUUAUCAGGCACACUCAGGCAUGACCUAAAUUGUCGUCGUACGUUAACAAAAGGACUGUCGAAAAUAUUAUGUUCUUUCGAACGAAACCAUUACAAAUACGUAAAGACGCCACGAAGAAUAAGCGAUCGAAGUUUUUACGUGAAGUUAAACCGUGUUGGCAAUUACUCUGAAAAAAUCACAACUGGCAAAAAUACUAAGCGUCUUGUUAAGAAAUACACAGCACCCAAAGCUUUAAAGCUGCCAGCUCCGAAUAAAAGAAUGAAGAAAAAAACAGUUAUAAAUAAGGAGGCGAAGGUUAAUUAUAGUGAUAAUCAAACAAAGCAAAUUUCUGGACAGAACAAAGAAGUGACAAAACUUAACAAUACGCAACCCAAACAACCUCAAGUAAUCAUUCAUUGUUGUGGGAAACAAACUAAUCCCCAAAAACGUAAACCUAAUGUAAACACAAACAAACAAAACAGCAGACCAAGAAAACAAGUCAAAAGUUUCUAUUUCAAAGGCGAAAAAAGUUUAGCAAAUGCUACAGCGAGUAAACACUCAUCUCCACGUGGUUUACAUGAAACUGUGUCAUACAUUCCUCCAAAGUCUCCCUUCAAUCUUAUACAAGAAAAACUUUACGAUAAACCGUGGCAACUCCUUAUCGCUACAAUAUUUUUGAACAAGACCACUGGGUCAGCUGCUAAACCGGUAUUUUGGAAAUUUGUGGAGCAAUUCCCCACAGCGGAAAGUGUGGUGAACGCUGAUUGGAAGGUUAUCGCAGAUCUUAUGGAACCUUUAGGUUUGCAUCAGAGGCGAGCCAAAAAUAUCAUUCGGUUUUCAGAUGAGUAUUUAAACAAGCGGUGGAAAUAUCCGAUCGAACUGUACGGUAUCGGAAAGUACGGCAACGAUUCUUAUCGUAUAUUUUGUUUGGGGCAGUGGAAAACAGUGGAGCCGAAUGACCAUAAACUUAAUUCAUAUCAUCAGUGGUUGGUCGAGCAAAAUAAACUGAAUAAUUCCGAGUGAUAAGUUUGGAAUUUUUAUUAAAAUCUCGAAAUUAAUGAAACGCGAAUUCCAUCCUGCGAAUACUUUAAGGGAAGAAUUUAUCUGCGUAAGAAACUUUGCGGUUUAGUUUAACCGCAAAAUAUUUGCAUUUGAGGGGACGAAAACUUUUGCGGUUUUACAAACGUUUUCCCUCUAAUUCCGAAUAGUUUUUAUGAAUUUUGUGUGAGGAGAAAAAUUCUCUGAGGUCAUUUUUAAUGUUUACGACUGACCUUAAUUUAUGUGGAAAUAAACUUUUGCGAUUUUUUAAAAACCUUAAGGGCUGCAAAAGUUUAUUCUCUUAAAGUAUCUAAUUUUAAAACGCGAUACGCGAAAUUUAAUUUUGUGCAAAUUUGAUAAUGUCAUCAACAGGGACUGUCAUUUUCUUUUUACUAUUUACGAAGUUCAAACUUUUUAUUUUUAUAAUGGUUUGUAUGAUUCUACUUUAUGUUACUGUGCUCUGUUUUAUUUUGUAAAUAAUAUCGCGUCUAUAAAAAAUACUAUUUUUAAGCAGAAAAGUAUUUUAGAAACUUUUAAACUCAUUUAUAUAGAACUGUAGAAAUUAUAUUGUGAUAAAAAAAUACCUUAUUUCAGGGUUCCUACAAAUCUCUAUAGAACUUUGACAUGCUUUCUUUCUUUCUUUCUACAUUCGUCUUAAUUUCUGUUAAAGAUCUCGUUCCUGCGAAAAUAUUUUUGUACCUUUCCACAAUACUCUGUUGGAACCGUCUAUUCAGGCAAAAUUUAGCGUUAAAAUAUAACUACUUUAAAAGUAAAAAAAAAAAUCUAUCUUUUCGCCGAAUUCAACCUCCGACAAAUUUUGUCCACAAGGUUUAUAUAUUUUUUGCAACAACCAUACAUCAUCAGCAUGUACAUAUAUAUUUUUUGUAAACAAUCGAAAAAUAAAUAGUUGCUUGUCGAGUCAAACAAAAAAUGCAAGUGAUCACGUGCGCUUGUUUUCUAUCA